UCCCGGCGACCCAUAAAUACCCGGGACGACUCGCUCACCACUCAUCACCAAACUAAUACGCAUCAGAUACUCAUUCAGACGACUCGAGCAACCACUGCCUCUUACACUUGUCACGUCCUACUCGCAAUGGCCGCAGCUGCAGCAAUAGCAAGUUCCACGAAAGAAGUGCUCCCGCCUGCACUGGGCGCCGUCUCCGAGCCCCCUCCCCUCUUUGAUGGCACCACCAGACUGUAUAUUUGCUACAUCUGCCCGUUUGCUCAACGUGCCUGGGUGACCCGGAACUGCAAGGGUCUGCAGGAGGAGAUCAAGCUGGUCGCCAUCAAUCUGGAGGACAAACCAGCAUGGUACAAGGAGAAGGUUUACCCACAGGGCACGGUGCCUUCCCUGGAGCACGACGGCAGGGUCACCGGAGAGAGCUUGGAUUUGAUCAAGUACAUCGACACCAAUUUCCAAGGCCCGGCACUGCUUCCUCAAGAUCCGGCUAAGAGGCAGUUCGCCGAUGAGCUGAUUGCUUACGCUGACGCCUUUACCAAAGCACUCUACUCGCCCUUGAUCUCCCAAGUGGCCAUGUCAGACGAAGCUGUUGCUGCUCUAGACAAGAUCGAAGCUGCCCUGUCCAAGUUCAGCGACGGCCCGUUCUUCCUUGGCCAAUUUAGCUUGGUGGACAUUGCGUACGUGACGAUCUUGGAGAGGGUUCAGAUAUACUACUCUAACCUGAGGAACUACGAGAUCGCCAAAGACAGGCCCAACCUUGAGAGAUACACCGAGGAGAUGAACAAGAUCGAAGCGUAUAAGCAAACCAAAAAUGUCCCGCUGGCCUUGCUUGAUGCUGCCAAGAGGCAUCUCAAGAUUGCUUGAAGAAGCGGUGCUGUCGCCAAGGAUAACGGUCGCUGCCUGCCAGGGAACGGCGGCAUUUGAGUAGGCAAGACUGAACUCUCGUCACUGGGGGCUGGGGCUUCUUUUGCCACCAUUAUCACAAUGAGUUGUAUGUGUUUUCUUCCCAAUAAAUGACACCAUGUUGUAACCUGUAAGGGCUAUGCUUUUUAUGAAACAAUAAUGUACUCCAUCU